AGGCGUUGCCAGGUAAAGGAAGCGUUGCCAAGGCCGUGACGGUUGGCCUCUGGCUGGCCCAGCCCAGGCCACGGAUCCCGAGUGGAGAGCACGAGCACCGGUGUGCUCGCUUGCAAGCUCCUGGGCAGGGCGCCCCGGCCUCUCAAGGAUGGCUGAGCGAGGGUUACCCCUGCGAGCAGGACCCAAGGAAAUACUUAGUAAGAAGACCUGUGUAGCCAUGGCUAGUUCUGACGUGAAACCAAAAUCAAUAAGUCGUGCCAAAAAAUGGUCAGAAGAGAUAGAAAAUCUGUACAGAUUUCAACAAGCAGGAUAUCGAGAUGAAAUUGAAUAUAAACAAGUGAAGCAAGUUUCUAUGGUAGAUCGUUGGCCAGAGACAGGAUAUGUGAAGAAGCUUCAGAGAAGGGACAAUACUUUCUAUUACUACGACAAACAGAGGGAGUGCGACGACAAGGAAGUCCACAAAGUGAAAAUUUAUGCUUACUAGCCUUUCUUCUCAGUAUUGCUUGCCGUGAUCUUUUUAAAAAAUCUGUUGUUUCAUUUGACAUCAUGUAAGUGUCAUUUUACAAAAUACCCACAAGUGCAGACUCCAAUGGAAUAUUUUGAGACACCAAAAGUUGGUCUCUGGUAAUCAUCUCCUUUUGUUCUAAAAUAUAACUGCAGUAGCAUGCCAC